GUGAUGAAAACUCCAAACUAAAAUAUCGAAAUGGCCACAGAAUUCGACUUACUGAAAGACCAAAAUGAUAAGCUAAAUGAUAUUCUUAGACAGCAUCAUAUUGAACAUAUUUUCAAAGAUCCAACUAUGCAGAACAGCAUGUCCAAAGGAGGCAGAGGUGACGUACUAGUAAACUCAAUAGAUGACCAAAGUUCUUUACCUCCCCUUAUUGCUGAGUAUGAGAAACAUCUGGAAGAGCUAAGCAGACAGCUGACCUAUUACCAGAAACACAUGGGUGAGAUGAAACUACAACUUGAAACUGUCAUCACUGAAAAUGAAAGGUUGCACAAUAAAUUAAAAGAUGCUGUUGAAAAGCAAUUGGAAGCCCUUCCCUUUGGCACAGGGGUAGGAAAUGAUAUCUGUGCAGAUGAUGAGACUGUGAGGAACCUUCAGGAACAAUUGCAACUAGCCAACCAAGAAAAAACUUGGGCUCUGGAACUCUGGCAGACUGCUUCUCAGGAGUUGGAAAGUGUACAGAAACUUUACCAGGAACAUAUGACUGAAGCCCAGAUUCAUGUAUUUGAAAAUAGAAAGCAAAAGGAUCAGCUGAAUAAUUUUCAACAACUAACCAAGAAACUUCAUGUUGCUAAUGAGAACAUAGAAAUGACUAACCAACACUUCCUGAAAACAGUAACUGAACAAAAUAUGGAGAUCGAGAAACUUCGAAAACAUCUUAGAUUAUGUAUAGCAAUUCAAGAAGCUAAUGUACUAAGAACAGGUAAAACACAUUUGGAAAAGCAAAUCAAAGAGCUACAAGCAAAGUGCAGUGAAUCAGAAAAUGAGAAAUAUGAGGCUAUUUCAAGAGCCAGAGAUAGCAUGCAACUCUUAGAAGAAGCAAACCUUAAAAAGAAUCAGAUUCUGCUUGAAGAGAAGCAAAAAGAAGAUGACAGAGAGAAAAUGAAGAAAACAAUUUCCCAGCUUAUACAAGAUGCUGCCCUAAAAGCAAGGAAAGAAGUUGAAAGCACAAAAAAACAGUAUGAAGUACUGAUUUCACAAUUAAGGGAAGAACUUUCAGCCCUUCAGAUGGACUGUGAUGAAAAGCAAGGUCAAAUCGAUCGAGCCAUCAGAGGGAAAAGAGCUGUGGAAGAAGAACUCGAGAAGAUUUACCGUGAAGGCAAACAAGAUGAAGGUGAUUACAGAAAAUUGGAAGAAAUGCACCAAAGAUGUCUUGCUGCAGAGCGUUCAAAAGAUGAUCUUCAGCUAAGACUAAAGAGUGCAGAAAAUAGAAUAAAACAACUUGAAAUUAAUUCCUCAGAAGAGAUAUCACGUUCCCAUGAAAUGAUCCAGAAACUUCAAACUGUACUGGAGUCUGAGAGGGAGAACUGUGGCUUUGUCAGUGAGCAAAGGCUAAAGCUUCAGCAAGAAAAUGAGCAACUACAGAAGGAGACUGAGGAUUUGAGAAAAAUUGCUUUGGAGGCCCAAAAAAAAGCAAAAUUAAAGGUCAGCACAAUGGAGCAUCAGUUCUCAAUAAAGGAGCAUGGGUUUGAAGUUCAAUUGAGAGAGAUGGAGGACAGUAAUCGGAAUUCUGUUGUUGAACUGAGGCAUCUAUUGGCAGCUCAGCAAAAGGCGGCCAACAGGUGGAAAGAAGAAACAAAGAAACUCACCGAAAGUGCAGACAUGAGGAUCAGCAGUCUCAAGAGUGAGCUGAGUCGACAGAAACUUCAUACCCAAGAGCUGCUUUCUCAGCUGGAAAUGGCAAAUGAAAAGGUAGCUGAGAAUGAAAAGUUAAUUCUGGAACAUCAAGAAAAAGCCAACAGACUUCAAAGACGUCUGAGUCAGGCAGAAGAGAGAGCUGCUUCAGCAUCCCAGCAGCUCAGUGUGAUUACAGUGCAGAGAAGAAAAGCAGCCUCCAUGAUGAAUCUGGAAAAUAUUUAAACAUAUUCAUAGUUCACUGACAGAGCUGUAGAGUUGGGAAAGCUGUGGUACCAAAGUGUAUUGACAUGGAGAAGCCUGCGGAGAAUGGUGAAAGCUUGUGUCAUUUUGCAUAAGCAUUUUCCAUUCUGUUUUGAGGGUUAUUGGAAAGCAGAACAGUGGCAGCUUCCUGUAAGUAAAAAAUAUAUAUAUAAUCCUAUAUUUGAGGUUCAGUGGAGAAUAAAGCCAGCUGAGAAGAACACACUGCCUUCAUCAAUGUGUCUAUUCUUAAUUCCCUUUUUAACCUUGGGAGAACAUAAUAUUUUCAAAAGAAGUUAAAUUAAAAACUCUAGAAUGUGGUAUUUCAGGUUCUAAGAUUUGGAGAUUUAAUAUCUCUUUGUUAUUGCUAAGUCAUUUUUAUAGUUCUUAAGAUUUUCUAUUUUACUAUGAACU